AUGCAUGGAAGAGACGAUAUGCGCUACGAGGGAAAAAAACUGACGGAUCCAAUUAAUACCGCAGAGGACAAGUGGCGGCUCUUGCCUGCAUUCUUGCAAACAAAGGGACUGGUAAAGCAGCACUUGGACUCAUUCAACUAUUUUUUGGAAACAGAUAUCAAAUUGAUUGUCCAAGCUAAUGCAAAAGUAGAUUCUGAUAUCGAUCCGCAUUUUUUUCUUCGGUUUUUGGAUAUUCGCAUUAAACCACCUCAAGCUGAAGAUAUUCAAAAAGGUGUAGUGUAUGAACUCACCCCACAAGAAUGCAGAUUGCGAGAUAUUACCUACGCUGGUACAAUUUGCGUAGACAUUGAAUAUGUACGCGGGAAGCAAGUUAUUGUAAAGCGAAAUAUAGAAAUUGGCCGCAUGCCGAUUAUGCUUAAAAGUUCCUACUGCGUUUUGACCAACAAAUCUCCCGAUGAAAUUGCUGACCUUGGAGAAUGUCCCUUGGAUCCUGGCGGCUAUUUUAUUAUUCGUGGAACAGAAAAGGUCAUUUUGAUCCAAGAGCAGUUGUCUAGAAACAGAAUUAUUGUUGAAACAGAUCGAUUCGGCUGCAUUUGUUCCAACGUCACCAGUUCUACUCUUGAAAAAAAAAGUAAAACAAUUGUUGCUUGUGGUAAAACAGGCAAAAUGGUCCUCAAACACAAUUCACUGACAGCAGAAGUUCCCGUCACUGUCAUUAUGAAGGCAAUGGGAGUUGAAUCAGAUCGUGAAAUCGCUGAACUUAUUUGCGGUGAUGACCUCAAAUACUUGGCUCUUUUUUCACCUUCUUUAGAAGAAGGUGCUUCUUUGAAAAUUAGUACACAACGUCAAGCUCUAGAAUACAUUGGCGCCAAAGUCAAAGUCACCUUCAAAACUAACCGUGUCGGUAUUCGACGAGACUGGGUGGAAGAAGCUCGUGAUUUGCUUGCUACUACUGUUCUUGCACAUGUUCCUGUAGAAGCAGAUGAUGCUGGUGUUUUAAACUUUCGGCCUAAAGCUAUUUAUAUUGCACUCAUGAUUCGAAGAGUACUCCAGGCUGUCAAGGAAGGUGGUAUUGUCGACGAUCGUGAUUUUAUUGGCAACAAGCGUCUUGAACUUGCUGGACAACUCAUGUCACUUUUGUUCGAGGAUUUGUUUAAAUCAUGGAUAUCUGCCAUCAAGCGAGCUGUCGAUAUUCAGCUGAAACGAACUAACCGAACCUCACAAUACGAUGCUGCUGCUGCUGUGUCUCAAACAUCACGGUUUAUUACUGAUGGCAUGUUUCGAGCCAUUUCAUCUGGAAACUGGAGCGUAAAGCGUUUCAAGAUGGAGCGAGCUGGUGUGACUCAAGUUCUUUCUCGUCUUUCAUAUGUGUCUGCCUUGGGUAUGCUUACCCGUAUAAGUAGUCAAUUUGAAAAAACUCGAAAAGUGGCUGGCCCUCGUAGUUUGCAGACAUCACAAUGGGGCAUGAUCUGUCUCAGCGGAGAUACCGAGCAAGGUGAAGCAUGUGGUCUGAUUAAAAAUUUGGCACUCAUGACUUAUAUUACAACUGAUUCAAACGAUGUUUCUCUUCGCAAGUUGGCAUUUGUGCUUGGCACGGAAGAUAUCAAUCUUGUUUCUGGAUCUGACUUGUACGCUACAUCUGAGACCUUUUUGGUGUUUUUGAAUGGUGUGAUUAUGGGUGUACACCGAAAUGCCGAGCAGUUUGUAAGUGAUUUACGCCGACUGCGACGUGCAGGACGCACGAGUGCUUUUGUAUCUAUAUAUCGCACAGUUUCACAGCGUACGAUUAACAUUAGUAGCGAUGGUGGUCGUGUAUGCCGUCCAUUGAUUAUUGUUGAACGUGGAAUUCCUAAAGUCACUGAAGAGGAUAUUCGAGGUAUUAUCCACGGUAUACUUCGGUUUGAUGAUCUUAUAGCGCAAGGAAAAAUAGAGUAUCUUGAUACAAACGAAGAGACCGAUUCUGAUAUUGCUGUUAAAAUCAAUUCUGUGUUGAUUGAUCAACCCAACACUACUCAUUUGGAAAUCGCACCGUUUACGAUUUUAGGAGCUGUAGCAGGACUGAUUCCAUACCCUCAUCAUAACCAGUCUCCCCGUAAUACCUACCAAUGUGCAAUGGGUAAGCAAGCCAUUGGUACAAUUGCCUAUAAUCAGCUAACGCGGAUUGAUACGCUUUUGUAUUUAAUGGUAUAUCCUCAUCAUCCAAUGGUACGGACACGAACUAUUGAAAUGAUUGGGUUUGAUAAACUCCCUGCUGGACAGAAUGCAACCGUUGCAGUCAUGUCUUAUUCUGGAUAUGAUAUUGAAGAUGCGUUGGUACUCAACAAGGCUUCAGUAGAUCGGGGAUACGGACGAUGCCAGGUAAUGCGCAAGUCUUCUACAAUGAUCAAAUCGUACCCCAAUCAAACCUUUGAUCGACUAGCCGAUCCUGUUUUGGAUCCAUUAACUGGGCAAGUACAAGAGCGAUACAAUAUUUUGGACAAUGAUGGUAUCUGCGGGGUUGGAGAGCGAGUUUAUCCCAACCAAAUUGUGAUUAAUAAACAAACUCCGACCGAGACAAGUCCGCGAGUUAGCGCUCCAACCAAUGGUGGUGGAAGUGAUGACGAAUCAUCAGCGCCAAUGCUGGGUCGAGCUGUUGAUCCAUCUUCGAUUCCAUUUAAAAACACACCCAUGUCAUUCAAGUAUCCUGGCGACGCAGUGAUUGAUCAAGUUCUUCUCACUACCAACGAAGAAGAUCAAACACUGAUCAAAGUGCUGAUUCGCCAGACUCGUCGACCUGAGCUGGGUGACAAGUUUUCAUCACGACAUGGACAAAAAGGAGUGUGUGGUAUUAUUGUCAGUCAAGAAGAUAUGCCGUUUUCAGAAAAUGGUGUUGUUCCAGACGUGAUCAUGAACCCACAUGGUUUUCCUUCUCGUAUGACGGUUGGAAAAAUGAUUGAAUUGCUGGCUGGAAAAGCGGGACUUUUUGCUGGCCAAGUACAGUAUGGAACUGCCUUUGGAGGUAGUAAAGUGGAAGACAUGUCACGUAUUCUUGUUGAAAACGGGUAUAGUUAUUCAGGCAAGGACAUGUUGACAUCUGGUAUAACAGGCGAGCCCCUCCAAGCCUAUAUUUUCUUUGGGCCAGUCUAUUACCAAAAACUAAAGCACAUGGUGAUGGAUAAAAUGCAUGCACGAUCUCGUGGUCCAAGAGCGACACUGACUCGCCAACCAACGGAAGGUAGAUCUCGCGAUGGUGGAUUGCGUGUUGGAGAAAUGGAGCGAGAUUGCUUGAUUGGUCACGGUGCAUCGUCGCUGCUCAUCGAACGGCUCUUGUAUAGCUCAGAUGCGUAUGACGUUGAAGUAUGCUCCAGAUGUGGUAUUAUCGGUGCUUGGCAUGGUUACUGUCCAUUCUGUAAAAUGCGAUCAGGAGUUGUAACUGUGAAAAUGCCCUAUGCAUGCAAGCUGCUGUUUCAAGAAUUAAUGAGCAUGAACGUUGUUCCUAGAGUGCAGGUCGAUGACUUGAAAUAA